AUGGAGGCCAAAGAAUUGAUUGAAAACUUCAAGGCGGAACUCACUUGCUCCAUCUGUCUGGGCUACUUCACAGACCCAGUGACUACCAGAUGUGGGCAUAAUUUUUGCAAGGACUGUCUCCUCCAGUGCUAUGAACAAGAUGAUGCUACAUUAACUUGUCCAGAGUGCAGAGGUGUCAUUAGAUACAGUGACAUUGUGCUCAGCAAGAACCUGCAGAAUUUGUCUAUCACUGGCAAAAUACUCAGAGAGAAUUUACUGAGCCCAGCACUUCUGACCACCUGUGAUCAACAUGGAGAAAAAGAGAAGCUCUUCUGUGAGCAAGACCAAAAACUGAUUUGUGAGUCCUGCUUAUUAACAGAAGAGCACAAGGAUCACCAAGUCCUUCCCUUGCAAAUGGCUGCUGACAAGUACAAGAAGAAACUUCAAGAGACACGAAAUAUGUUACAGAGAAAGAAGGAGGAAUUUAAAGAGACAAUGAAAAAAAUGAGAAAAACAGAGGCAUAUUUUAAGGAGGAUACAAAAUUUUAUAAAGCAUUAAUCAGAUAUGAAUACAAUAAAAUGCAUGAGUUCUUAUAUAAUGAAGAAAAUCAACACCUGCAAAAACUGGACCAAGAAAUAGAAGACAAAGUGGCAAAAGUCGAGCAGAAUAAGGCCUAUCUGUCCCAACAAAUUCAACAUCUGCAACGAAAGAUAUUAGACCUAGAAGAAAACAUGGACAAGACACCCUUGGAAAUGCUCCAGGAUAUGAAAGACAUCCUGAAAAGAAAUGAGGAGCUGCUAUUUCAAGAACCAGAGAUUAUUUACCUUACUUAUACAACUUACCCAAUGACUGCUUUAACAGAAAUUCUCAAGAGCUAUACAGCGGAUAUCACACCGGAUCCUGAAACAGGCAGUCUUCAUUUUAUUAUGCCUGAACAUUUUAAGAGUUUGAAGUAUGGACUUGACCCACAAGACCAGUCUGAUAAAGAAGAAAGACUUGAAUAUUUUGUUACUAUGUUGGGGACUCAGACCUUUACCAGUGGAACACACUACUGGGAAGUAGAUGUGGAAGGUCAGACAGAGUGGAUACUUGGAAUCUGUAGAGAUUCAGUCAGCAAAAAUGGGACUCACUCCAUAUUAUCUGCUGAUGUAACAGCCAUAAUAGGCUUAAAAGUUGAAAAUCAAAUACUUUUCUGGAGUCCAAAAGAUUGCUUUUAUUCCACACCUUCACAUAAGGUGGGCAUUUUCCUUAACUAUGAUGAAGGCAACAUUACUUUUUAUGAUGUUAAAGAAAAAAUUAUUCUCAUUAGUUUCCCAAAUUUAACUUUUGGAGGGCCUGUUCGCCCGUUCUUCUCUGCUUCUCUUUUUAAUAAAGGAAGUACAUUGUAA